UUGGAUUCUAGACUACUUGAAGAGUAUACCGCUGCUGUUGGCUUCAUCCUCACUCCAAACAAGCGCUUCUGGGAUAUGAUUAACUAUACUCGAGCCAAUAUUCAUUAUGACUAUGCUCUGAAAACUAUAUCAACUUUCCAUUUUUACCUUUUCUCGUUAGCAGUCCUAAUCAACCCUCUGACUUUCUUCAUCGUAUUCAAUUACACUUCCAAAUCGUUCGGUAACAUUCGAUUCUAUAUUCUUACUCAUCAGUUUCUCAAUAUCUGCGAAGAUUUUGCCCUCAGUGGUUUCCAGUCGUUUGGAUUUUUUCCUUUAUGUGCUUUUGAAACUACAGGACCUCUCGCUUACUACUUCCCUGGCGGAUUCAAGACAUCCGCUAUAUUUUUUUCUUUUGCAACCCUCACUGUAUCAACUUCUGUUGGAGCUGUGUUCUAUCGUUUCCAGUGCCUUAUUGAUCACAGCUCGUUGUUCAAAAUUAGAAAAGAACGUCACAUAAGGAUAGGGCUGGUUGUGAUAUCACUCACUUCUGGAAUCUUCGCUUAUUUUUCUUUCGUUCAUGGAGAGGAUAGUCUAGUGAAUCGAGAAGCCAGGCUUUCCGUGAAUAGUCCAGAGAUGGUCGUAUUUUCAAAAACGGGCUAUGCAGACCAUUGUAUUCCCAACUUUGUACCUUUCAUAAGCUCUGUGAUAUUCUUUGAAGCUGUUCUUAAUGGCUGGGGUGCUAUUUUUGUGUUCGGCUGCAUUCACUAUCUCUACGUAGAGAAUCCUGCGAUAAGUCGAAGAACAAAAUAUCUACAAAAGAAAUUUACAAUUUUUCUGAUGAUACAAUUCCUAGUACCUGUUGUUAUGGCUGGUAUUCCUUGGACUUACACGAUUAUUGCGAUAUGUUGGGAGAUUUUCCAUGAAUAUUCAUACAUUUGCAACCUGAUUGCGUACAUGUCGUUGUCUAUGCAUUCACUUGUAUAUUCUCUCGUUACCUUGGCCACUACUGAUAACUACAGGAAUUACCUCCUUUCGUUCAUUCGUAUCAAACGAACGAUAUCAACGAACUCCAUAGAUCCAAUUCCAUGA